GCAAACAGCGAAGGGAAAAGCUAAAGCUGACAAGCAAAAGCUGUUCUUGCAAGUAGUUGCUGCGGCGUUUCCUUUUAUUCUGUCGAUCAUCUUUUUAUGAAUAUACCCUUUCCUUCUCUCAUUCCCAGUCACCACCACCCAAAAGAAAAAAGAAUCAAGAUACUUCGUCAUGUCCCCUUCGGAAGACGACGAGCAGCUCUCGCACAACGAGUCCGACGUCGAGGUCGACGAUCAUCAGGAGGAAGAGGAAGAAGAAUCUGAGGAAAAUGCUGGCUCAAGCGACAGCGACGACGACAGCACACGGCAACCAGCCGAUGCCGCGGCCCAGAGAGCGGAAGACAACUUCGAUGUGGAGGAAGAUGCUAUUGCGCCAAAGCCCUUCCCACGCACUAUUCAGCUGACCCUACCCGCUCAGCAAGCACUGGCGUCUUCUUUCUCGACCAACUUGGAAGAAGGACCCACGUGCGUGCACGUGUGUUUGACGCGCGGCGCCAUUGACCUCUCUACGCCGCUGCUGUCCACUGACGCACAUCGAGCAGCAGCGGCGGCGUCCCACAAGGCCCACGAAGACGCGCUGGAGGAAUCGGAUGUCCUCACGACAGCGGCGCGCCUGCAAGGCUGCUGUGCCGAUGCGCACCGCUUUGAAACGGACUACGCGGCUCGACUCGCUGCACUGCGUCGCCGGCAGAUCCUCCGUCGUUUGCAAGGCGACCCCGAACGUCAGCGGCGCUUUUUGGAAAAGGAGCAGAAGAGGACCCAACCGCUUGUCCAGCAGACGGAGCACGAUGAAGAAGAUGGCGGCGUGCAAAAUGCCGCAGACGACGACAUCGACGGCACAGAUCCGGUGGGAGACGUGGUGUGGCCGUGGACCAGCACCCAGCAGCCCCCACCCUACUGGCUGCCGUCGCUGCUCGCCAAUGACGCGCAGACCUUUGAGCGGGUCCUGCAUGUCAUGUACGGGUGGGUGAUCGCGCCAGACCCGCACCCGUCCGACCGGCUGCGACUCAAUGCAGCCGGUCAGCUUAUCUCCGGCCCAUCGGAUGGGACAGGGCACGGAAGGGGUGAGGACGAGGACGACGACUUGGAGCAGGCGGACCCGGCCGUCCACAAGCCGGACUUCUUUCUUCCGUCGCACGCCUUCGGUGAAGGGGAGAACAGCCAGAGAGAGGAGGAGGAAGACGAAGACGACGACGACGACAACGAAAAGGGGGCUAGCGUGUUAACCGGUAAAGGCGACAACGCGCAGGAGCCGCAGCGGGCCUCGAAGAGUCUUCUCAACGACUUCAACGAGUGUGAGGCGGACGGCAACGAUGGGCUGCUGGCGCUGCCGCAGCAACCGGAUUCACCCUCAGCGGUGCGGGUGUCGGUUAUGCCGCCCUCUUCCGAGGCCUAUUCGAAGAACCCACCGCUGACAAAGCUGAGCACUGCGACGGCCCCUCCGCCGGUCGUGGCGCUGCCCUCCUUUCCCUUCGCCAACUACGAAUUCUUCAUUGUACAGGAUAGCACCAGCAAAGAGUGGCACCUGCUGGACACGCACCCCCUCUUCGUGAUGGAGGCGUGCCGGCGUCAACACGCAGCGCAGCUGCGGGCGCAGCAAGGGCGAUCCGACGCGCCACCGCAGCAAGACGAGGAAGAGGAGGGGGAGGAAGAGAGUAGCGAUCCCGUAGACUCGCAAGACGAAGAGAGCGACGGCGCGAAGGACCUGCUGUGCCCUGUUCCGUCCUACAACAUGCAGACUCUGACGCCGGUGAGCCCCAUCAUCCUCGCCGCCCUCUUCUCCGCGCCGGCUCUGCGGUGCGGUCUUCUCCAGCCACUCACGUCGGCGGACAGCGAGGCCGCGGAGGCGCAGGAGGAGAGCGGACGCGAUGAGGCCGAUGAAGGCGAGCACGCGCAAGGUAUUAAGCCGAGUCAGCGCGUGUCGGACCGCGGCGUACUGCGCACCUUCGACCACGCCUGGCUCUCCACCGACGUGGCCGUCGCCUUGCCCAUCUUGGCUACCAUCUGCCGUGCACGUCAACACGUGCUGCAGCAGGACGCCACGCGCAUUCCGUACCCUCUCGGCUCGCUUUGGCUUGAUGUGAGCCCGCUGUUUGCGUUGGCCGGGUUCAAAGACGCCUCGCAACACGUCAGUCCGGCUGAUGUGCGGCAAUGGUGCGUCGGUCCGGGUGAAGAAGAACUGGACAAGGAAGAAGACAGAGGAGACGAGGAAGACGAACAUCGUAUGGGUGGGGCUGCAGAGCAAGGCACGCAGUGCAGUCGACGUGCAACGGCCGUAGGGGCGGCCUCCGCCGCGCUGCCGCACAAGUGGGAGACGGCGCUGGACCACAUCCUUUCCCCCGAACACUACGGACGCGUGGUGCUUUCGGCCCUGCUCGCCGCCGGCAUCUUGCCCACGCGGGCGGUGGGGUUAAAGCUCUUUCAUCGACUCGACGGUGUGCGUCUGGCGCUGUGGUGGUGGCUGCGGCUACCGCAGAACCUCCUACGCAAAUGGAGCAUCGACAAUGACGAUGGCGCUGCGGAAGAGGAAGCAGAGGCGAAGGAGGAGGACGACGACGGUGAAGAAGAAGAGGAUAUCGACGCAAUCCUGAAUGGGACGCAGGCGGACGAGGCGACCGAGCUCCUCGCGCAACGGGUGGCCGUCCUGCAGCGGCGCGACGAACAGCAACGACGUCAUCGACAGCAGCAACAGCUGGGACCGGUGCUCUCGUUUGCCCCGCUGCUGGAGCGCGUUUUACUGGAACUGCAGCGCCGCCUUGACCGCUGCUACGUCGGGGACAGCCAAGGCACGCCGCUGCCGCCGUCGCAGUUUAGCCUGCAGGAGAGCGUGGCCCGCACGUAUGCGGUGGAGCGCCUCGACAGCGGACGCCCCCGGCAGGAUCCUCUCGUCACAACGGCUUUUGUGGGCAUGUGCGUGCCGGAUGUGCACAGCGGUAGAAGUGACAGCGCGGGCGAUAACGACGUGCAGCGAGCUGGUCCUGCUACGGUGCGGCACCAGCGGCUGUAUCAGAGUGAUUUGGUGCUCCUCGCGCUGUCCCUGACUACGACGCCGGCGUCAGAGGCAGUGCAAGAGGGCGCCAUAGCGACGUCGGCGCUGCCGCAGCGCUUCAUCGCCGUCGACGUGGAGGACGCAACGGCAGCGGACGACCUUGCGGACGGUGACCGCGAGGAUGCCCACACCGCUCUUUUCCGCCACCUCUUCGAAGCAAAGCUGCUUCGCUGCGUGUGCAGCCCAGUCGAUCGCGCGCGGGCCGGCACGACGAAGCUGUUGCUGCUGAGCGCUGCCGAUUUCUGCCUCUCCGCCACGCGGAAGUGCGUCUUUGCGCACCUGCCUUUGUAUGAGCUGUUCGGCAACACGGGCUACUGUCCGCUGCCGGAGUUGGUGCAGUCCUGGGCGAGUGCGGCCUCACGAAGCAGCAGCAGCGACACGGAUGCAGAGGACCAGCAGAUGCAGAGCACCGUUACCGACUUCGCCUUUUACCUCUGGAAUGAGGUGCGGUGGCGGCUGCGUAAAGGGCAGUACGAUGAGGCAGUGGUGAUGCACAUGCGCGAGCAGCUGCCGGAACUGUUCACGCUUAUCGAGUCCCACACCACCACCUACUACGCGAUCCUUGCCCGUUUGCAGGCAGAAGCGGAGGGAGAGGCAAGGAUCGAGGAGGCAAACGCAGCGAAGGCUGUGUCCGCACAUUCCCUUACCCCCCGAUUGCCGCAUCAGAAGGCGUCACCGCGGCUCAGCGCAGCAGCCGCAUCCGUAGCGGCAAAUCAAACAGCCCCCGCCCGCGCAGGCCGUCCGCAGCGGCCGUUGUUGGUCAGCGGCACAGUGUUGCGCGCCGCAACGCAGCAGGCACGAGCGGAGAUCCACGACGCCCGGAUAGCCGCAGCGACGGCACUCCAUCUCACUUCCUCCGACAGCAACCCCUACCCCGCCGUCGCAUCCACGUCGGUCGCUGGGCCGCUCCCCCUCACCGUCGCCCACCCAAACGUUUACAGUGCAUCGGUGCUCGAGGCGAAGGCGCACGUGUACGACCUCUGGCGCACCUUUUCGGUGGCCCCCACGACGUACCUCACCGCAGAGACGCUCCACAUUCUGUUGUUUGGUCGCUCUGCCGAUGAGAACGGCGGGGCGGACCGCGCGGCGGCGACGGCGUCGUUGCCGCGGCGCCCCUUCAGCACCGCGGCGCUGCGUGUACUCCUCGAGUGCGGCAUCAACACGGUCCAGCCGAGUCCGCUCGACGCGGCGGAAAUGCCGGCGGUGGAGGCGGCGCUCCGUCGAGCUGAUGUGGAAGCGGUGAAGGUGCUGUUAGGCUUGGGGGCCGCCUCGUUGCACGACCUGCGCACGGACGGCAGCUCCACGCUAGAGUCGUGGGCGGAGUCUGUCUUCACGCCGGCAGAUGUGGAGGUGCUGCACUUUGUGGAGGCGAAGAACGGCAGAGCUGCCCGGUGUGACCCUCGUGUGCAAUACGGCGCGCGUCGCUUCGAAUCCCCCGUCAUGCAGGUCCAGUAG